UUGGCGUCUCCACUUACACGUGACGACGUAGCCAGAUUUGGCUGUGACCAGCAGGUCCUCUCCACCCACGCGGCCCAGACCACUGACGAUGGCCAUCACGUGGAUGAAGAGACUCAACUUGUUCCAGGAGCUGAGUCUCCACCAGAAUUGCAGCUGUUCUCGCAGGUUCUCGCCAUGCGUCUUGGUGAUCUGAAAGAGACAGACCGUUCAAGAGGCAGAACUGGAGGCGAACAAGACCCGCCUGCUUGCGGAACACCUUCCAGAAGACGAACUUUCACUCUGUUUUCCCGUCAGUUCGGCUUGCUUAAGAGGAUUUUUGAGAAUGAGAGUUGA